AUGGCGAGUGAAAUAUUAGUUGAUGGUGCCAGAAAUUGUGAAAUGGCUUUACAGAAACUUGCUGAAAUCCAAGGUUAUGAAAAUUGUUGCAGUUACAUUGAGACUUAUCUACCUUAUUUGAUUCAUCAGUGGUUAUGUCUACAGUAUAAUGUGGAUGACUUUCCAUUCCUAUUGGUCAACUGUGGUUCAAAGAAGGACUUCUACAGAGAACACUUUGAGAUUCUCAUCACCGAACUCCUUAUGUUUAAAGAUAUUGACAAUGCAAAGAGAGUAGCUAUGACCCUAGGGCAAGACUGGCUGGAGGUUCUAAAACUCUGCAUACCCAGGAUUGUGGUGUUCAUUCUGCCACAGUUUGCAGCCUCUCAGAGGGGAGAGACUGCUAGUGAACAUGUGAAAAAGAGGACGGCUCAUGCAACUGCUUGUUAUACUCUGCUGACUGAUCAAGCUGGAAAAGAGAUGGUAGAUAAAUGUAUUGGUAACAACUUGGAUGUCAUUGUUGUCAACAUUUUGCUGUGUCUUUAUGACCUUGAAGAUGACAAAUUUAUGAAAACUGCUGUCAUCAG